CUCGUUGGUGAUAAUGGCUCCUCCUCUGGACUUGUGGCCGGUUACGAAACCUCGCCAGAACGCCAUGGCUAUCCAUUUUUUAGCUCUACUGUGCAAGCUACUACAACGGCUGACGAGGGUCGUGUCUUGUAAUUUUGAAAUCGACAAUGUUGAGAAGUGGCCGAUUCUCGAAUCCCCUGCGAAACCGAGUGAAUCAUAUUCUAACUACUUCGGCACUAGAUUUGCACUGUACUAUCAGUGUCCAUGGACUUCAGAACUUCGCUCCAAAAUUAGACUGUGGAUAUCAUACCUACGAGCUCUGAGAUACGUCCACGAGCAGAGCGUUCAAGAGGGUACAAGGUGUGUGAAGAGUUUGCGCUGCCGAAACAUUCUGCUUCUCUCAUGACGUUUUUCACAAUCAUGUUCCUCUAUCAGUUUCACUGAGCAGGGGGGGCUGCAAUGUUGUCGACUUAAGCACAUUGCGGCAAGUGACUGUUUUGGGAGAUUACUGCACAGGAAUGGUUUCACAUGGCUCAUCUUCAACUUGGAUCCGCUCCGGAGUGGGCCGAUGAUUCUAGAAUGCUUGCGCACAGGCUGGUAUUUGGACACUUUCAAAUACGGUAGUUGUUGUUGUCAAAGUUAUGUAUGUCUGCGGGGAUUCUACUUAAAAUUGAAUGAAUAUAUACAUGGUAGACAAAGAUAGACUGAGAGGCAGCAAGGCUUUGUCGUUUGAAUGUGAUAAAUAGAUGGAAGUAUCGGCCGCAGAGAUGAAGGAUGAGCUAA